AUGACGGCCACCUUCUCACAUACACAGACACCUAACCGUGUCAUCCUAACCCUACAAUUCAAUAUCCCCAAGGGCGGCGCCUCGACCGGCCCUACCUCUCGCACUCUGGUCAUCCCAGAACACGACUCUGUCCUGAUUGGCCGUGCCUCUACCAGUCUCUCCAAGAAUAGAGCGCCGGCUGAGGACAACGCCCUCUUCACAUGCGCCGUCAUGUCGAGAUCGCACGCCUACCUCUCGGCUCCUGACGGUCCGAACGUAUGUUCACCUUUCUUUCUAUCCUUCCUUUCUCUUUCUAUCAUUCCUUCCUUCCUCUUUCUGUCCUUCUUCCCUUCGAGAGUCCAUCUGACAAGCANNCAGGGCCCCAUCAUCCUCGAAGACGCCGACUCGAUGCACGGUGUCUAUGUCAACGGCAAGAAGAUCACUCGCACCAAAAUCAGCCUCAACGACGACAUCACUUUUGGAAGCAAGGUCACUCGUGCUGAAGGUGAAUCCUUGCCAUCCAACCAAGCUUUCAAUUUCGACGAGUAUUUUCUUCUAACUCCCCUCCCAGCCACACACGACGGCGUCCAACUCAAGGUCGCCAGCAUCACACGUGAAGGCGCUACCUACACCAACCCCAUCGACCUAGCAGCCAGCAGCAGGACCGUCCCCCACGCAUCAUACCGUGUCCCUGACUACGACACCGACUCGUCAAAGGGUGACAGCACCAACACUACCUUCGGACAGCCCACUGCCGUCGAGUACAUCGAUCUCGACCCUGUCUUCUCUCCUGCUUCCUCACACGACUUGGUCCACCCCGAAGACGAGUAUGACGCUGAGGUCUAUCACAACGGCUCCUACUCCGACUCCGAAUUCAACUCCGAGUUUGACAGUGACUACGGAGCCAACGACUAUCCAGAGAACCCGGAUGAAUUUGACGACGACGAGCAGAGUUUCUCUGGCUCGGACCGUAGCGAAUCUCGCUGUUCCUCUCGACAUGUAACAUGGGAGGAAGAUGACGUGCACGACGAUGGAGUCAGUGUUGAUCUCGACGAACCCUUGGAGUCAAAUGAAGAGCCCCAGACUGCUCCCAUCCGUGUCAACAACAUCGAAAUUGCCCAGCCCAAGGCCAUAUACCCUCAGGUUGAAGAGAAGGAAAAGGCACGUGAAGCUGCUGAGAUAAUGUCACUUCCUUGGAUCCUCGAACCUUGUGACCCAUUGGACACCACCUUCGUUGCCUCACCUUCAAAGGCUGCCAUGCCUCGCGAACUUCCUNCCCCACCCAUCUGCGAGAAUAUGAAGAACAUCAUCGAAGCUGGACUUACCACUCAAGACAAAGAGAAGUACCUCGAGAGCCAAGCUGAGACUUUGAAGAGUCAGCAAAUUAACACGGAGCUUGACAGCAUCAAAGGUGCUAAGAUCGUUGAGGACAAGGAAGUCACUGCUCCGGCACCCACAAUCGAUGAGCUGUUUGCUGAGGUGGACUCUCCUACUGACAGCGCGGACUCUCCCACCGGAAGCAAGCGCAAACGUGACAUCGAGGACGACGGUCAAGAAGAGGUCGUUGCACCAACCAGUCUUGCUGAUCGUAACAUGCUCAAGAAACUAAGGUGGUCCUCCAUUGUGAAGCAACGUGCCCAGGCAGCACCUCGUCCCAUCAAGCGUGCAAAGCGCUCAACUGCUAGAUUCGCCUUGGGCGCAUUUGCUGGCGCUAUCGGAGGUGUGGUCACUGUGGUCGGCGUGUUGAUGACUCCUGCAUGUGAGCAACUGCUGUCUAGCUGGCCUUUGGAGUAA